AUGGCGAUCCAUCCCGGUGUGCCUUCCUCUUCCCCGCGCCUCGCGCCGCACCAGGCCCGUGCCAUCUCUGCCUGGACGGAGCAAGCAGCGGCUUCUCUCCAGGGGUUGACCCUCUCCGAGUCUGCUCCUACCACCGAUGGGCCUGCGCCGAACGCCACCCCGACGCGUUCCUCUCUGCGCGGUGCGUCCAUCGGCCUGUCAAUUCCCCUGGACGAUCAGCCCCAGGCCACCGGGUCCCCGCAACGGGUCAAGGUGGUGCCAGCCAGCGGGACUCCUCCCGCUCCGAGUGUCAGUUUCCGUCGUCGCGAGCCUCUGCGCCGAGAUAGCCUGAAGCGACGCGAGGCCAUGUUAAAGGGCAAGGACGGGAGCCGGCGCCGACAGCGUUGGGAGAAUGACCGUCUGCUGCACAACCCUUGGGCCGAGCCGCCGUCUCCGAAGGACUGGGAUAUCCAGCCCACAUACCCCCGGCACGACCCGAUGCCCUACUACCUUGCGCCGCUUUGGGAUGUUCACUACGCCUAUGUGGCAGACCACAAUCUGGCCCAGAGGUCUGCUAAGGCCACGGACAAGGACAAACAUCGCAUUCCGAAAGAGCUCCGGUUGAAGCUGAAACACGCUCGUGCCGCGCGCGGCAUGCUCCAGGACUUGGAAGAGGAUAUCCGGCUCUUCAUCAGGAAAUGGAAUGAGAAGCAGAACCUGCUCCAGAAUGAGGGCUUGCAGGAUGCUCCCGAGUCGUCAGGGACGGAGAACGACUCGGAGGAUGAGAUUAUCUUCGUCGGCCGUAAUGGGCAGAUGCACGACUCGCCUGAGCGAAAACAGAAGCUACGACAGCUGCGCGAGGAGAUGAGCUCGCACCAUGAGCGGGAUGGUGAGAAGAUGGUGUUUGAGAGUCUGGUCGAUGAUCGCGCGGCCGGAUUUGGACGGUGGCUGGUCCACAGCAUUGCCUCGUACUAUGGCCUGCACACCUGGUCGGUCACCGUGGGCGAUCCCGCCCGGCGCGAGGCGUACGUGGGUUUUCGUCCGCCCAGCCCCGGUAGCCGCGUAGGACCGGUGUGUCGUUCCGAGACCGUGAUUCAGCCGGGACAGGAGCUGCCGCGGCCCCUUUACGCGCAGGUGUGA